AUGCUCAGGCGAACGGUGGGUGUUUCAAGAUUUGAAGAGUGGCUCUCGGGGGACGUGCCCCACCCGGUGAAAUUUCCUUACCUCCGCUCGUUUUACGAGAAUUCGGAGUUUGCUCUCAAAACAGUGGGGGAGCUGCUCGUCAACGGCUCCGUUCACCUCUGCGCGGCGGGGGAGACAAAAUCGAAAGUCGUAAACCCCCUGAGCGUGGUAAACCUCCCCAAAGGACGCCUCGUUCUGGAUGCCGGCUACAUCAACGCUUUUUCAAAAGCGCACCCGUUCAAUUAUCUGGAUGACGGUCUGACGGCCAACCAGGACUUCGCCCUUUGCCUCUGGCUAAUCGUGGCGAUUGUUCGCUUCCUCGCCCUCCUUGGGGCAAUUUUCAGUCUGCCAAAAUGCCAAUUCUGGCCAGCCCAGACAGGCGACUGGCUGGGGUUUGUUGUGGACACGCAAGCGGAACAGUUCAGGGUCUCAGCAGCCAAGAUGGCAAAGGACGCGGUCAAACUCUUCCUGGAGCGCCUGGACGACUCGAACGGACGGCGUUGGUUUCCACGUCAGAUCCGAAUCGAGGCCGCUUCGGACGCCUCGGACUUCCGUUUCGGGGGAUCCCUCUACAUAGCCGGCAGCCCCCCUUUCCACUUAGCGGGGUCCUUAAUCGAGACGGAGGUCCAACAAUCCAGCACCGCGUGCGAAAUGGUGGGGUGUCUUCGAAUUCUACAGCAAGCAGUGCAGCACCACCGUCCUCUCCUCUCGGGGGCAGCCCUUUUGUUGGUUGGCGAUAACCAAGGAGCGGUGGCGGCCGUUAACAGCUUCAGGAGCUCGGCGCCCGAUCUAAACGCCGUUUUACAAGAGAUCUUCAAGCUGUGCUCAGAGGCGGACUUCGACGUUUUGGCCCAGUGGAAGCCGCGGGUGGAGCUGGCUGAACAUGACGCUCUCAGCCUAGUCCCCGACGCGUCGGACUGCGGACUAAACCCCAAGGUUUUUGCUGACGUCAUCUCGCUCUUCGGUCGGCCAGACGUCGACAUGUUUGCUUCUGACACGUGGCAUGUGGCGGGGCAAUUUGUAACCCCCCGCUAUAUGCGAGGCUGCCUUGCAGUCGACGCUCUCAGCACAGAUUGGAGGACGCUAGUUAGACAAGGCGAAACGGCGUGGAUAUUCCCGCCAGUUAGGGCGAUACCUAGCGUGUUGCAGUCAACGCGAAUUUCAGAACGGACGCGAUUCUAG